AAUGAUAUUUUAGAAAAAGGACAAAUACACUACCAAUACCGUUGCGUUUCAACCACCAUGACCCCGCUGAGUAUCACCCUUAUCCCUUCCUCCACCGUGCCUCCGACGCCCCUGAAACCUCCGCCGUCGGUGAAACAACCGCCGCCUACGCCGCCGAUCGAAGCAAAGUUUUUCAGCCGUAGAAACGCCGUCGUUUGGCUCUCACUCAUUGCUCCUCUAACUCAUCCUGCCUCCGCUUUUUCCUUCGGCAUAUCAGGACCAAAAGAAUGGCUGAGAGAUCAGAAGAAGAAGACUGCGAAGUACCUUUUGGCUCCAAUCGAGGCUUCUAGAAACAUCCUCCGAUAUGCUAAUCUCUUACUUACUAGAACUGAACCGGAGUUUGGUGAAAAGGAACUUGAAGAAGUUCAGAGCUUAUUGAGAUCUGCUGCAAGGGAUUGUGUGCCUGAAGAGAGGAAUUCCUUCGUUCAGUUUCAAUCAAAAUCAGGAGUUGAGGUUUGCACGUUCCAGCUGGUUGUGAAAAAUGCUUCUUCUUUGCUUCCUGACAAGGACCCGGUAAAGUUAGCAGCUGAAGCCAAACUUAUCGAUCUCAUAAGGUCUUUUGCUUCUCUCAGUGACAUGGCAAAUGAAUUUGAUGUGCAAGUUGCUUCUAAUAGACAAAAGGUUGCAAAUGCUCUCAUGGAUACAGUGACCUGUCUGGACAACUUUGAGCAAGGCGUCAAGGAAUGCCUUGAAGUUUGAUUAUCCUUAUUCAAGUCAAAGAAGGAACAGGAUGAAUUUGGCAUUUGCCAAUUCGGCAGAUGUUUUUAUCCUUCACUUUUGGGACGGGCAAAAAGGAAAACUUCAAUAGGUUGUAUCAUACAUUUAAUGUUAAAUAUUAUUCUUUUAUUGUUUUGAUUUUCUCCUGUUAACUUCUCUUUACUUCAGUCGCUAUUAGUUAUAGUUAGCAGACCUAUCUUCACUUUCUUUGAAAUUACUGCAGUAAUCUUGGAUUCAAGUAUGACAGUAGCACUAGCUGCUAAGUUGUAUACUAUGCAAAGAACAUGCUUUUCGUGCAGCCAAUAGUUCACUCUCACAAAACUUCUCUGUUUCUUAGUCACCAUUUGGUCAUACCAUACCGCCUGUAUUGCUCAGAUCUUCCAAAAGUGCCGUCACACCUGACACCAUUUUUGGAGAAUCUGACACGGUUGCAGUAGCAUUUUUGGGGGAUUUGAGCAACACAGCAUACCACACAAAGGACGUUUUCAUUGUGUGUUUUGUAUAUAAUUCAAGCCUUAGAAGCAUGUGAAGGAACAAGGCCUGGGAUAAUUCUUGUCUGAGUCCUUCGAUCAAGCCCUUCUAUAACAAGUGCUUUCAGAAGCCUGAAGCAAAUACAACCUACAACAUGGGGUUCCAUCUGGGUGAGUUUGAAGUGACCUGGGCAAGUUGCGCAACUUGUUGAACAAAUUUAGUGGGUCAUGCAACAACCCGAAAUGUGCAUCUGGGUCACCAAUUUGAGAAAGUUUAACAUCAGAAAAUCCUAGUGAUGGCAAUAACUCAUCAGGAUAGUCGCUAUAGAAAUGGAAAUUUGAGCUGGACAUUGUGGUUGAUUGCUUGUUCAUGAAGUCCGCUAAGAGUACUGUAUGAGCAGAGGUCCGCUGCCACUCUGUUCAAUGAUUUUGCCAUCAUUAGUUGGUGCUUUUGUUCAUCUGUUGUUUCUGUUGCUGCCUCUACAAUAGUGGUUUUCAUCUGCAAGACCUCUGGAAAAUCAACCUCAAACAUGUUGCUGUCUUUCAAGCAACUCAAGCGAUAUGCCCUUGUAUCCAUACCUGCAGAUAAAGAACAGACAUCAUUGGUUUACUCUGUAACAUUUUUUGCUAAAUGGAAUCAACUAGCUUCCGAGGGGUGAGCAAUAAAAAUGCUAGGUGAAAUAUGAGGAGUCUCUUGUGGUGGACAAUCUAUGUCCAUUCAGUGUUCAAUCUCCAUGUUGAGCACAUAACUCAGAGGAAUUAAAUUACAUUCCGCUUAUCAUCUUUUAUCCAAACAUAGUCAUAGUUGCUCCUAAAUGGAACGACUGUUUUUUCACUGAAAGACUAUAUGUCACUUCACAAGAUCAGCAUGUUGCAGUUGAUGGCUAGUAUUUUGGGGAUUCAAAGCUGGAAUGUUGUUGCAUCCUGGUAAUGUUUAGUUUGGUAUAUGUAUCUAGAAGAUGAAAACUUUUGCAGAAUACAAAAACUAAGCCUCAGUCCCACACAAGUUGGGGUCGCAUAAACGGUGUCACAGGGUAUAUACAGCACAAGAGAUCAUGUGGGAACAUCACCUACCUGCUCCAAGAAUGACAACUUGUGCUCCUCCGCCAUCAAAAGAAGUACGUCUCCCCUGCAAGUAACUCUGCUAGUGGAUCAUGGAUCACAUGUUUCCAUAGCGCCCUUCCAGCUGCAGUUUGACAUGCUGAUUGUCUCAAAGAAUCCCAAUCAUGUUCGACAGCUGAAUGAACUUCUCUGAUGGUUUCAGUGUACAAAGAAUCAGGUACGGAUAGUAAACCAACUUGCAAAUGGGUAAAGGAGUAACUUGCCCCCAUUUCACUCCGUCAUCUCUAUACUCGUCUUAUCGAAUCAUCAGUUUUGGUACCAAUUUUCAUUGUGAUAUUUUGUUCAUGCACCUAACACCACCAUCAAAGAGAAGGUACAUCUCAACAACUGGCACAUCCACAUCCACUACCUUAAUUAUGGCUCAAUUAUAUAUCUAUCUAUACAUGUAUUAUAUGUGUGUGUAUAUAUUAAACACAUAUUUAUAUUAUUAACCAUAGGCCUAGGAAGUCAGCACAGUGUAUCCACUUGAUGUUAUCCACCAUAUGUGGUUUAUUAAGAAAGAUGUGGUCCAAUUAUUUUUUGUUACUUAUGAACAAGUACUUAUUUGUUGCCUUUGGUUGCCAGAUGGAAAAAUUGUUUUUUUAA